AUGCCCGACGUGAAGCAAGUACGGACUUUACCACCAUGGAUUGAAUCUUAUAACACUCGACUUGGUGCACCUUCUGAAGAGCACAUCAGUCCGCUCGAGCCCCAACUGCCACAGCCAACCAUACUGCCACAGCACAACAGUCAACCGAACGAACCGCAGAGGGUGACGACGCAUAGUAGUGGGAGCAGUAGCCAGAAAGCCCGGUCAAAUAAUCGCCAACAGCAGUCGCCGGAUGGGUAUCCAGAUUCUUCAUCCGAGAAGCUUCCGCUGAAGAAUCGUCGACCGCGAAACUUGUCCCAGUUUAUUACGGGCAAGGGGCCGAGCAAGUGGGAUCAUCUGCGGUCAGCGGAUCCGGUAAUCGUGCCCAACCGCGCACCGCAGCUGCAGCAGACAUGGCGCGACUUUGUAACCUCGUCCAGCUACGCUGCUCAUCGACCCAACGAGCACUCGGAAAUCGUUGACGAUGCGGCUCUGGAAAAACUACAACCCGGGCUUAACGAUCCGAUUCGUCUGCCUAGCUCGGCUGGUGGUGAGACGGCAUACAACCCUUCGACUAGGACCAAAGCGCGCCGGGCAACCCCAUUUCUGGAGCGAUUGAUACUCGUACCGGUGCGCCACCCAUUGGGACCAUUGUUCUGCCGCCUGAUGGUGCUUUCGACCUCGGUGGUCGCUUUGGCGCUAGCCGCCACCAUUCAAAAGAAAAUCUCGGAAGAUUCUGGGAAUCCGAACGUUGGUCUUGAGGAGCGCGGCCAAGCCAUCUUUGCCAUUGCUGUCGAUACAGUCGCGAUCCCUUAUAUCGGCUAUAUCACGUGGGACGACAAUAUGGGUAGGCCGCUCGGCUUGCGUCCACCCAAAGAGCGCGUCAAGCUGAUCCUUAUGGACCUUUUCUUUAUCAUGUUCAAGGCUGCCAGUACCGGCCUGGCGUUUGAGACGCUCAUCUUUAGCAGGGUGUCCUGGACGAUUUCUCUCAUCCGGGCGCUGGCAGCGUUUGAACUGAUCGGUCUGGUAUCGUGGGGUAUGACGCUGAUUGCAAACGUUUUCAGAGUCGUAGAGCGACUCGGUGGAUGA